GGUCGGGCCCCGAAGUCGAGCGGCGAAUGGCCCAUCGUGUGGUGGGUGGUGGGUGGGGCCCGCGACAUUCCCGGAAGUCGGUUGUGAGUGAGCCGGGAUUCCCGGAAGUCGGUCGAGUUCCUCUUCCCGGCUCUUUCCUGCUCGGGUGGAUUAGGUCGGCGGGCUCCCCGAGAUCUUCCGGCCAAGGAUCCCAGCUUGACUCUUAAAGCGAGUUGGGAGGACACAGGAAAAGAAAUGUUACCUAGUCCUAGAAACCGACGCCCGCGCUCCCGGAAUUCGGGCGCAAGGCUCACUGUCCUAGGCUCAGCCACUUGCUCCUCGGAGCUUUUGGCGUAAAGCCGUACGAGGGCGGAGACCUCCCCUCCGGCCACGAAAGCUGUGUGACUUUGGGACAGGACCUUCGGUUUUAUUAUUUUGGUGGGAAUGAUGAGCUUUCAUUGCGGUUUCAGGCACAGCUCUGAGGUGAAGAAAAGGUGGUGUGUUUUUGAGCAUUCUGAGCAUCGGAAGGAAACCAGACAUGUCCUUGGAUGACAUUAAGAUGAAAUCCAGUGACUUCCUGGAGAAGGAGCACCUAGACAGCGGGGGCUUCGGGAAGGUGUCUUUGUGUUUCCACAGGUCCCAUGGGCUCGUCAUACUGAAGAAGGUGUACACGGGGCCUAAGCGAACAGAGUACAACGCGUCCCUCCUUGAGGAGGGCAAGAUGAUGCACAGGCUGAGACACGAGCGGGUGGUGAAGCUGCUGGGCAUCAUCAUGGAGGAGGGGAACUACUCCCUGGUGAUGGAGUACAUGGAGAAGGGCAACCUGAUGCACGUGCUGAAGGCCGAGAUCAGCAUCCCCCUUUCUGUAAAAGGAAGGAUAAUUAUGGAGAUCAUUGAAGGAAUGUGCUAUUUACAUGGAGAAGGUGUAAUACACAAGGACCUAAAGCCUGAAAAUAUCCUCGUUGAUGACAACUUUCACAUUAAGAUAGCUGACCUUGGUGUUGCGUCCUUUAAGACGUGGAGUAAGCUAACGAAAGAGGAACACAAUGAGCAGAGGAAAGUGGACAGUCUCUCUAAGAAAAACGGUGGCACCCUCUACUACAUGGCGCCCGAGCACCUGAAUGACAUCAACGCCAGGCCCUCGGAGAAGUCGGACGUGUACAGCUUUGCCAUAGUACUGUGGGCAAUAUUUGCCAACAAGGAGCCAUAUGAAAAUGCUAUCAAUGAGCAGCAGCUGCUCAUAUGUAUUAAAUCCGGGAAUAGGCCAAAUGUGAAUGACAUCAUUGAGCACUGCCCAAAGGAGAUUAUCAGCCUCAUGAAGCAGUGCUGGGAAGCGGACCCAGAAGUGCGGCCAACAUUUCGUGGCAUUGAAAAACAAUUUAGGCCUUUUUAUUUACAUAACUUAGAAGAAGAUAUAGAAGAGGACGUGCAGAGUUUAAAGAAAGAGUAUCCUAGCCCAAAUGAAGUUGUGAAGAGAAUGCAGUCUCUCCAAAUAGACUGUGUAGCAAUACCUCCAAGCAGGUCAAAUUCAGCCACAGAACAGCCCCGUUCACUGCACAGUUCACAAAGUCUCAGGAUUGGUCCUGUGGAGGAGUCCUGGUUUGCUCCCUCCCCAGACUACCAGCAGGAGGAGAAUGAGCGCAGCCUGCAGAAUAAACUCCAGGAGGAAGCCAACUACCAUCUUUAUGGCAGCCGCAUGGACAAGCAAACAAAACAGCAACCCAGACAGGGUGUGGCUUACAACAGAGAGGAGGAAAGGAGACGAAGGGUCUCCCAUGACCCUUUUGCACAGCCAAGACCUUAUGAGACUGUUCAAAACCCAGGGAUGAAAGGCCUUGCUUCUUCUAACACAGCCAGUCCUGGGAAUGCAGUACACCAACCAGCUGGACUGACCUGCCAAUCCCAAGGACUCCACUGGACUCCAUAUAAUCCGUAUGAUUUUAGAGCAAGACCAUUGGGUACAGGAACAAUAGAUUCCAGAUUUUGGUCUGGGCCAAAUGCAAGCCAGAUACCAGGCCUGCAUAAAACUCCAGUACCUGAGACCAACCUGCUGGGAAACACUCCCACCAUUCCAUUCAUCUCCCUGACAUCAAGAGAUGAGACUGCAAAAUAUGCCAUAUACAACAGUGCUGGAGUUCAGAUUGGAGACAAUAAUCAUAUGGAGGUUGGAGUGAGCUUGCCAUUACUGGACAGCACAUACGUGAACUGGAACGAGCCAGCUUCUAAGUACCAAGAUACCUUUGAUAAUACCACUAGUCUGACUGAUAAACACCUGGACCCAGUCAGGGAAAAUCUGGGAAGGACCUGGAAAAAUUGUGCCCGUAAACUGGGCUUCACCGAAUCUCAGAUUGAUGAAAUUGACCAUGACUAUGAGAGAGAUGGAUUAAAAGAGAAGGUUUACCAGAUGCUCCAGAAGUGGCUGAUGAGGGAAGGCAGUAAGGGGGCAACUGUGGGAAAGCUGGCUCGGGCGCUCUACCAGUGCUCACGCAUAGACCUUCUGAACUCUUUGGUGUUUAUCAGCACGAACUAACUAGAAGCAGCUUCGGCAGCAUGAAGUCAUCUCCUCACUUAGUGAGUGAGCCACUGAGAAUGGCUGGGUUCCUACCACCACCACUGCCUCACUGACCUGGGUUCUCUGUCUACACAAAAAUCAUUUCCUGCAUUUCAUAACUGGAAAUGGGAAAGAAACCUACAGCAAACAACCCGCUAAACUGAAUGCCUGAGGCUUGAUGAAAAAAGAGCCUUGCCCUAGCUGGUUUGGCUCAGUGGAUAGAGCCUCGGCCUACAGACUGAAGGGUCCCAGUUUGAUUCCAGUCAAGGGGCACAUACCUCAGUUGCAGGAUCCUCCCCAGCCCCGGCCCUGGUCAGGGCGCGUGCAGGAGGCAACCAUUUGUUGAUUUAAGAAAGCUAGGUUCUUAAAUCACAUUGUUUUGGCCUAAUGACUGCUUUUCUCCAUUUGUUUCUCUCACAUCGGUAUUUCUCUUGGUCUUUCCUUCUCUCUUCCACUCUUAAAAAAAUCAAUGGAAAAAUAUCUUCAGAUGAAGAUUUAAAAAAAAGAAAAGAAAAAAGAAGCCUGAUGAGCUUUGAAAGGGAAAGCAGAAAUAUUUGAGGGAGAUCAUUUUCUUUUACUUUAUUCCAUAACCUCCAAUUAUGCUAAAAAAUUCGGAGAAUGUAAACUAAACCAACUUUCUUAUUUUGUGCUCUUUUCUCCACAUAGGCUCCUAUUAUAAACAAAGUAUAGAAAAAAACCUAAGUUUUCUUUUUUUUUAAAUAUAUUUUUAUUGAUUUUUUACAGAGAGGAAUAGAGAGUUAGAAACAUCGAUGAGAGAGAAACACUGAUCAGCUGCCUCCUGCACACUCCCCGCUGGGGAUUUGCCCGCAACCAAGGUACAUGCCCUUGACCGGAAUCGAACCUGGGACCCUUCAGUCUGCAGGCGGACGCUCUAUCCACUGAGCCAAACCGGCUAGGGCUAAGUUUUCUUCAAAUAGAUUUUUUGGUAUCACUACCACAGUUCAUUCCAGUUACAGGGUCUGUUAACAUCAGUAUGAAAUGCUGUAUCAGUCACUACAAGCUUCAAGAAUUGCAUGCAAUAUCCACACCACAAAUUAACUGAAGGGAUUUUAAGGUGUACUAAGAAGGGGAAAAAUAUAUAACAAAAACAUCACAAUUUCCCAGGCAGUUGUUGCAAGAAAUUGCUACUAAUUAUGACAACUACAAAAAUUCUUGAUUAACUUUUUAAGUUCUUUUUUUUAACAUCCUGGCACUUUAGGCACUUUCCCAACCUGUAUGCCCUGAGGAGUCAGCAGGCUAUGACCAGAGCCUCAGGGCUGAUCACUGUUGAAUAGCUCCCCAGUCUACCACCACCAUGCCCCCCCCUCCCCCGCAGUGUGGUCAGUCUGGCUGUCGGACAGAUUCUAGUGUUUGGUGAGGGCUGAUAACUGUAUUGUUGGUUCUGAUUCUAAAUCUCCCCCAGCAGUUACACACACACACGUGUACACACAGACAGAAAUGGGACUGUAAAGCAGAAUUUCUCCAUCCCAGCACCACUGGCAUCUUGGGCCGGAUCGCUCUUUGCUGUAGGGCACUGUCCUGUGCAUUGUAUGAUGUUUAGGAACAACCUUGGCCUCCACCCAAUAGAUGCCAAUAGGCCUGUUCUCCCCCUCCUCCCCUCCUCAGUUGUGACACAGAUGUCUCUAGUCUAGACAGUGCCAGAUGUUCCCUGGAAGGGCAAAAUCACUCCCUUUGAGAAGAGCCUGUGAUAAAGUGGUGAACCUCAGUUUUCUCACCACACAUUUGCAGGCUCACUACUUAGUUGCCACACAGCAUUGAUCACAAAGACCAAAAGGAACAUGAGGGGAAUGGGUCCCAGGCUUUGCUAGUGGGGGCUGGGUGAGUUCUUUUCUAAAUGUAUCCCUGUACCUCUGUCUUAACAGUGUUGUAAAAUCUUUAGCUUCCAAGGUGAGUGAAUGAUUAUUGAUAAGAGGCAAAAGUGGCAAGUGUUUUCAUUGACUUUUUAAAAAUAAAAUUUUGUACAUUAAAUGUAAGCCAUUGAAA